GGAAAAUACUCCUUGGACCGGACACAGAUCUUGUUGCUUUAAAAAGUGCAGUAGAUUUGGUGUUCUCUGUGUGAAACUUGUUGCUCUUUUGGAUUUCAAAAGAUGAAUAAGGUGGUUUUGGUGACGGGAGCUAAUAGUGGUAUUGGCCUGGCACUAUGUGAGCGUCUUCUCUCGCAGGACACAGAGGGUCUCCUGUUGUGUCUGGCCUGCAGGAACAUGAGCCGGGCUCAGGCCGCUCGCUCUGCCCUCCUCACCUCUCAUCCCACAGCUCAGGUGGCCCUGCUGCAGAUGGACACCAGCAGCAUCACUUCAGUCCUCAGUGCUGCACAGGAGGUCAAACUCAGAUAUAACCGACUGGACUACCUCUACCUGAAUGCAGGCAUCAUGCCAAACCCACAGUUUGAUGCAAAAGCUUUUUUCAAAGGCCUCUGCUCCAGCAAUAUUAUCACCAUGUUUGCCACUGGCAAGGGGAUUCUGACGCAGAAGGAUAGCAUCACUCAUGAUGGCCUGCAGGAAAUAUUCGCAACCAACCUCUUCGGUCACUUUGUGCUGAUCAAGGAGCUGGAACCCAUUCUGUGCCAGGCAGGCCGGACCUCACAGCUGAUCUGGACCUCCUCUAGUAACGCUCACCGCUCAGCUUUUAGCCUUGAAGACAUACAGCACCAGAGAGGCACGCAGCCCUACAGCUCCUCCAAAUAUGCCUCCGACCUGCUUAGCCUGGCACUCAACACACACUACAACAAACAGGGUUUGUACUCAUCUGUGAUCUGUCCUGGUUUUGUGAUGACCAAUCUGACCAUCAACAUCCUGCCCUCCUUCCCAGCAUUCCUCUGGAACCUGCUAAUGCCUAUCUUUUGGCUUAUAAGAAUGUUCACCAAUACUUUCACCCUGACACCUUAUAAUGGAGCUGAAUCUCUGGUCUGGCUGUUUAAGCAAAAGCCUGAAUCACUGGACCCACAAGCCAAGUACCACAGCUUAACAUCGGGGCUAGGCAACAACUACACACAACCACAGAAGAUGGAUAUUGAUUUGGAAACAUCAGAUGCUUUGUAUGAGAAAUUGCAGCAACUAGAAAGUGAAGUAAGGAAGAAACUGAAGGAAAAACAAAAACAACUUCACAGUGGCCCUGCAGGAGCUGGAUCAUCUUGAUGCAUAUCACACAAUUCUGUCAUGGAGAGCAAUUUAUUUUUGGCUUGAAGGUCACCUGGGAGCAUCAUGCACACCGGCUGUCAGACUCACAAUAUUAACAUUCCUCUCAGUGUCCUGACACAGCAACGUGCAAGUCUGAAUAUACAACAAGGAUGAGCAAGUGGCAAAGUGACUCUAUGAGCAUUUAAAGUUUGAUUUGCUGCUUUUUUUUGUCUGUAUUUUAUGUUUCAGGCAUAAAUAAAAGGUCUG